AUGGGGCUCACGAAGGAAAACGCUUCCAUCGGCAUUAUAGGGAUGGGAGACAUGGGCAAGAUGUAUGCCCAGCGUCUGAGCAGUGCAGGGUGGAGGAUUAAUGCUUGCGAUAAACCUGAAAACUACGAUGACUUGAAGAAAGAAUUCGAUUCUCUCAAAGGGGUCACAAUUCUUCCCAAUGGACACCUGGUGUCCAGGAUUAGCGAUUUCAUUGUUUACAGUGUAGAGGCCGGAGUCAUCGACCGGGUAGUUGCACAGUAUGGCCCAUCAACCAGGGUCGGUGCAAUAGUGGGUGGCCAGACAUCUUGCAAGGCUCCAGAACUCGCUGCCUUCGAUAAGCAUCUUCCUCCCGAUGUAGAAAUUGUAUCCUGCCACUCCCUUCACGGGCCUAAGGUCAAUCCCAAGGGACAGCCACUGGUCCUAAUCCAACAUCGAGCCUCCGACCAGAGUCUCCGAUUCGUCGAAGAGGUCCUUUCAUGUCUGGGAUCCAAAUAUGUCUAUCUAAGUGGAGAGAUGCAUGACCGGAUCACAGCGGACACACAGGCCGUCACGCAUGCGGCAUUUUUGAGCAUGGGAACAGCCUGGCAAGCCAAUAACCAAUUCCCUUGGGAGAUAUCUCGUUGGGUAGGAGGGAUUGAGAACGUCAAGAUCAACAUCACGCUACGUAUCUAUUCCAAUAAGUGGCAUGUGUAUGCGGGACUGGCUAUUCUCAACCCGGCUGCAAAGGAGCAGAUCCGAGAAUAUGCGCGAUCAGUUACUGAACUGUAUAAACUCAUGAUUGAAGGGCGCAGGGAAGACCUAAAGCGUCGUGUCAAGGCAGCUGGAGCGGCCGUCUUCAAAUCCGGUACGGAAGCACAAGAUCUGCUGCUGAGGGAUGAAGUGCUCGACCAGUUCUCCCUGUCGAACCGGCCGCGUGAGAAGACGCCGCCCAACAACCAUCUCAGUUUGCUGGCGAUUGUCGAUUGCUGGUCCAGACUGGGGAUUAUCCCUUACGACCAUAUGAUUUGCUCGACUCCGCUCUUUCGCCUUUGGCUAGGUGUCACCGAAUAUCUUUUCCGCAACCCAGAUCUUCUCGAGGAAGCACUCAAUACCGCCAUCGACGACAGCACAUUCCGUUCGGAUGAUCUAGAAUUCACGUUCGCAGCCAGGGCUUGGUCCGACUGCGUCUCUUUCGGAGAUUUUGAAUCGUACCGGGACCGCUUUGAGCGGAUCCAGCAGUACUUCUCUCCGCGGUUCCCCGAGGCAGCCAAACUUGGCAAUGAAAUGAUGAGGACGAUUCUGGAGAAGACGACGGCGACUGCUGCUGCUGCGACAGCACCCAAAGCUUCGGGAACCGCACGCUAG